CGCUGGAGGCGCCUCUGUUGUUGCUGGCUUCCUGCUGCUAGAUUGAUGUAGCAGUUUACUGAAAGCAGUUAUCCCUGGCUUGCUAGCCAAUAUGAGAACAUUGAAUUGGUUGCAAAUGAAAACGUAAUGGCUUCUUUACAAUGCUUCUUGUUUUAGUUCUUUAGCCAUCUUUCCAUCUGAUUCAGCACCUUUGACAGUCAAGUAAGUUGGCUUGCUAGCUACUGUAGCAUAUAUCUUAGCUAGCUAGCUAUAUUGGCUAACCAACUGGCUUUUAAUAUUGCAGGUAGCUAGCUAACUAUCUCACAUCCUCCAAAACAGCCUAAACAACAAUGCACAGGUUCACUUGAUUAGGAGGUGAUGGAACAUAGCUAGCUCUGGUCAAGUAACGUUAGUGGACGGACGCGCACUAACGACCUGGACCAGAGCUACAACAUAGCUAGCUACAAGCUGGUCAGCGUAAUUGGCAGCUCAGUAAUACAGUAAUUCUUCAUUUCAGAUGGCAGCUCCCUUCAAAAUCCCCAAGAGAAAACAGCCACCAGAAGCUGACAGCAUGCACAUGCAGUCACCUCUCUCACGAGUCCAGGAUACCUCCAGGCCAUUCGAGGUAUCCCAUACCAUUUCCAUCUGAAGUGGACAGAGCCCCAAUGAGCUGCAUUUUCACACAAAGUGACUCAUUAUUUGUUAAUGAAUGUUGUGUUUAUAUUUGAUCAUGGUGAUAAGUGAGAUCGACAUAGCUAGAAGGUAUACACUGAGUGUACAAAACAUUAGGAACACUUGUUCUUUCCAUGACAGACUGACCACGUGAAUGCAGGUGAAAGCUAUAAUCCCUUAUUGAUGUCACUUGUUAAAUCCACUUCAGUGUGGAUGAAAGGAAUGAGACGAGUUAAAGAAGGAUUUUUAAGCCUUGAGACAAUUAGGACAUGGAUUGUGUAUGUGUGCCAUUCAGAGGGUGAAUGGCAAGACAAAAUAUUUAAGUGCCUUUGAACGGGGUAUGGUAGUAGGUGCCAGGGGCACCGGUUUGAGUGUGUGGAACUGCAACGCUGCUGGAUUUUUCACGCUCAACAGUUUCCCUAGUACAUCAAGAAUGGUCCACCACCCAAAAGACAUCCAGCCAACUUGACCCAACUGUGGGAUGCAUUGGAGUCAACAUGGACCAGCACCCCUGUGGAACGCUUUCGACACCUUAUAGAGUCCAUACCCUGACAAAUUGAGGCUGUUCUGAGGGCAAAAGGAGGUGUAACUCAAUAAUAGGUGUUCCUAAUGUUUUGUACACUGUGUAACUAAAAUACUCAUGCUAAUGAAACCUUUUGAGUUGGACAUUGUUGCUCACACACACGUCUCCCAAAGUGCCUCCCAAAUGACACCCUAUUUCCUAUAUAAUCUAUGUACUACUUUUGAUCAAAGCCCACAGGACGGCUUUGGUCAAAUAGUACACCACAGGGAAUAGGGCAGAGGAGGCUGGUGGGAGGAGCUAUAGGAGGACAGGCUCAUUGUAAUGGCUCGAAUGGAAUCAAUGGAACGGUAUCAAACAUAUGAAAACCAAAUAUUUGGCUCCGUUCUAUUACUCUGUUCUAUUACUUCCAUUCCAGCCAUUACAAUGAUCCCGUCCUCCUAUAGCUCCUCCCACCAGCCUCCUCUGGAACAGGGUGCAAUUUGCGAUGCAACCCCAGACUCUCUAAUUUAAACCUAGCACUCUCAAGACACUUUAAAAGCUGUAGGUCAAUGUACUAUUUAGCCUAUGAGUUAAUACUUAUGCUGAAACAACACUGUGUGUCAUUUAUCAGACAAGCUGGUGCAAUGGCUCUUCCAAUGGAAAAAAGCCUGAACAGGUUGGCUCUCUGAAUGGACACAUCUCCAGAGCUGGGAAAGUGAGGUAUGUAUAGAGAUGGUCUGUACAUAGCUCUGGUCCAUAGCGUUCAUGCUGUUGAGCUUAAUGAACAGCAUCAACAAGUGACGCGACUCACUGGACCAGAGCUUAUUUGUACAGUGCUCAAAGACAAUGUGCUGCUGGAUUAAGAAUGUCAAUUAUCUCUCCUAGAUGACUUACUUGAUUUACCUGUCCUAGAUGACUUACUUUGAUUUGGUGUCCAUCAUGACUCUCUCUCCACCACUUUUCUGCGCUUUUGCCUCUUGCCUGGUUUCUGUUGGUGAUUUUGUUGACAGGAUGCAGUGGUCAUGGAUACCUGCAGUGCUUACUAAUUUCAGUAGAUGGAGCUGUUCAACCAGUUAAAUUUACCUGGUCAAAAUGUCUAGUACAGUGUGUAUAACUGGAAAUCAUGAUGACAAAAAAAGUCCAGGUUAUAUUACACAGAUUAUAUUACCGUUAUAUGGUAUUGAUGUGGUUCCUGAGAUGUGAGAUAGACUUUGCUGAGACUUUGACCACUGUUUACUUGUUUGCAGCGCUCAUAACCGGCUAGUUCUGAGGGAUGUAUGUAAAGCGCGUCUUGGACCUAGCCAUCCAGACAAAGGGAACUCCAGCCAGUCAACAGGCUUCCAGAGACCAGCUCAGACCCCAGAACACCGUCCAGUUACCAGCCAGAGAGGGGAUUCCUCCGAGCACAGCAAAUGGAGAGAGGCACACAGGUCCAGCACGCUGUGGAGAUCACCCCCUCGCUUUCAGCUAGCAGUCAACAGAACACCUAGGAAGCAGAUGGAGUCUCUGACACAUGAGAAGCCACCUCACCUAUCAAGCCCUGUGGCAUCAACACAUGAAGCUGAACAAAGACUCCCAGCAGCCUCUCCUUCCUGCUUAAAAAACGGGUAUGUCAUCAGGGCGGCAGGUAGCCUAGUGGUUAAGAGCGUUGGGCCAGUAACUGAAAGGUUGCUGGUUUGAAUCACAGAGCCGACUACGUGAAAAAUCUGUCUUUGCCCUUGAGCAAGGCACUUAACCCUAAUUGCUCUUGUAAGUCACUCUGGAUAAGAGCGUCUGCUAAAUGACUAUAUAAUAUAAUAUAAUAUGCCAUUUAGCAGACGCUUUUAUCCAAAGCGACUUACAGUCAUGUGUGCAUAUAUUUUUACGUAUGGGUGGUCCCGGGGAUCGAACCCACUACCCUGGCGUUACAAGCGCCAUGCUCUACCAAUUGAGCUACAGUGGACCACGUAAUGUAAUAGAUCUUGAAAAACUGAUAAAACUCUAGGAAUUAGAACCUAGUUUCUUUUUUUUAUGUGAAUUCACGUAUGAUUCUGCUUGUUCAGUUCACACUUGUUCUAGAAGUGACACCGACCAUAGAAAUCAAUGCUUGGAAUCAUUUGGCCUGACUGUACCGUUGUCCUCCACUAGAUGGCGCCCUAAGAGGGCAUCAGACACGCUGUGCCGGGACAAGAAUCAAGCGUCGCCACUGCUCAAGAUGCGCCGUGCAGAGUUCACUGGUCAGUGUCACACACACAUACCAUAUUUGAAGGACAUGGCUCAAGUUCAUAUUUGAGGUGAAAUCCUAUCCUACCAUACAAUCUUUCUCACACAUUCCAAAACAAUCCCUAGACAAUGCUCAGAUUAGCCUGAUGAAGACAAUUUACCAUUGUGGAUGCUACACUGUUUUUGUGAAAAUGUAUUAUUUGUCUUAAAACACAUCUUUCUUUAAUCUUGGUGCUCAGUCUAGGCUGUAGAUCCACAGCAGUUGGAGGCCGCUUAUAUCUACAUAGACCUAACCAAUUUAGGUUCAAACAUUAUUGUGUAAUCAGGAGUUUUCCUCGUUAAGUGUUUUGCUGGUGUUUCAUGGAGCAGUGGGGUUAACAUUUAGCAGGUGUUUCUGUGUCUAACCACCCCUUGUGUUUCCCCUCCUCUUCUACAUUGUGUUGGCAAGCCUGACCAUUUUCCUGGUUGGAUAAACAAAUGCUUAACUUUAUGGCCUUGUUAAAAAUGCGUUUGACUGCUUUUCUUUGAACUCUUUCUCGUUCAAGACGUGUCACAUUUAGCUGUGUGCUUUAGCCGACUCGUCUGGGUAUCGUUGUCAUGUCAUACAUGUGGACAACCAGGCUACUGUCUCUUCAGCAAGGGUCAAAAUGGAACUGUUGUGUUUUACUAGCUUAUUUCGUUGGUUCGAUUCCCGCUGGAGCCACCCACACCAAAAUGUUUAUCAAAGUCACUUUGGAUAAAAGUGUCUGCUAAAUAUCAUAUAUUUUAUUAUAAUUUUUACAUCUUCCCCAGGAGAUUCACAACUGUCUGUGAGAUGCAGCCCAGUGGAGUCGUCGGAGGAUUCUGCAUCAGAACCGUCUCCAGAAAGAGAGGCGGACAGUUCCUCAAAGAUGGGUGACAGGCCCUCUGUCCCCCUGGGAGACCCAACAUGGAGGAGACGUGACUCUGGGGUGAAUGGAUCUCCACCACAAAACACAGAGGUAGGGACAAUGGCUGCGUCUCAAGUGGGACCCUGUUCCCUAGAUAGUGCACUAUAGUUAAUAGGGGACCAUUUGGGACGUAUACACAGUUGACUGGCCUCAGGACUCACAUAAAGAUAUGUCUAGUAGAAAACAAUUGCUUGUACUUACUAGUCUGGUACAUUAGUUAUUGCGUUGGUCAUAACCAUACUUGUUAGCUAGCUAGGUUGUGCGUUGGCUAGCUUUUUCAGGCAUUGUUUGUAAGUGUUGGCUAACUCAGUGUUGCUAUGUUUAUUCACAACAGUGAACAGCCAAGUUGCUUAACUUCCGCCCUAUACAGAUAGUCCUGAUUCAGCUGAGCUGGUAUCUCCAUGUCUUGCUACAGGAUAACACCCCAGGGUAGCUUAUUCUAUAGAAUAGUAUAGACUCUUGUAAAGUGUGGCCAUUGAAAACAAACUAUAUCAAACUAUAUGAGAACAAGUAGGUUACUGUAGGGGCAGAUGCAGGCACACACAUUUUCUUUUAGGAAAUGAACCUUUUUUCUAGUUGAUUGUAAUAAUUUCUGUUAGGUUAACCCCUGUGACUAGUAGUCCUACCUGGUGUGCUUUCAGAAGGAGAGGACGGGAAGCUCAGGAUCACUGCAGGACAGGAUCAAGAGGAGUAGUGGUUCAUCAGGGACGCACCCCAGGGGAAGUGUCCCUGUCCCAGCAGGCCACCGUAGCCAGAGCUCAGAGAGUGACGACCCUCCCGACCGCCCGUUGACAUCAGGGGCCAGAGGUGCAUCCACAGGUUCCCCUAGACACUCCCCUUCCGCUGUGGCCUCAGUGACCCGGGCCACACAGGAGAAGCGGUUGUCCCUCAGCAGGUCUCCCCUCCCGGCUAACCCCAACCUCACAGACAGAGAGAGGAGGCCUCCAACCAAGUGUCUCUCCCUCCAUCUCAGGCUGAGGAGGCCCAAGCCCACCACCACAGAACCUAGUAAGUUGAACCACUGUUGAACCCUUCAUAGCAUAUUGAUAAGAACAUGCAACAUAAAUCACGCAUAGACUGGCGGUUUGACGUCACAUACGACUCUGUGAUAUGAGUGUUGUCGUACUGAACAAACAUUAUAAACGAAGCAAAAUACCCUCCUCACCCAAUGUCGUCAGUAUAGAAUAUCGUCCUCCACCAAUGGCGAGGAAGCAGUUUUCAGCUGUAUGUCUUAGUGGGGUUCAGGCCCAUUACAUAACAGGCUGGCUAGUAGAAAGCAGAGCCUCAGGCCUGGCACCAGUGAAUGGUCACAGAGUAGACUGCUGGAGUGGGACACACAAAGUCAGCCAUCCUGUCUGUCAGUCAGUUGGUCUCCGUAAGAGCUGGGCACAGGCUUCUAGUUUGACUCUUAUUGUUUGGCUGCUGCAGUGUUGUCACGAUACCAGGAUUUUGACUUCGAUACCGAUACCAGGUUUAGUAUCACGAUACUCGAUACUAAAAUGAUACCACAACAACAAAAAGAAGGCGUAUUAGCCAAAGUCACAGAAUGGCACUUGAUCCAGACAGAUAAACUCAGCUGCUGCUCUGUUCAAUCGUUGGGCAUCUUUUGAGUUCAAUAUCAUUGCAUUUGAACAUUUUUAUGUCCAUUUUUUAGUGACAGCCAUGUAUACAUUAAUAAAUCAAUUAUACAAUCAUGCAAUCAAUUUGACUUUGUUUUUACCAGUCUAACUACAAAACAACAUAAUGGUAAUCAUUUGUUUGAAUGGUAAAUCUCUAUUGAUAAACUGGGGAAAUCAAGAUGUAGCCUAGGCCUAUCCACAAUACAGGCGAAUCCAUAUUAUUCAAUAGGAGUGUGAGCAUGCAUUGAGUUAUGGAGCUUAUUUUAGCUGAUAUCAUGGGGCUACAGAUGACAAACAAUCCUUUCCAUUUAGGACUUAUUUUAUUGGCAACUGCUAGAACAUAUUAUUUUAUUGUACUGAUCAACAUUUGCAUAGAAGAAGCAAUAUCUUAUUUGAUCAAAGUGUGCGGUGUCUCUUUAAGAAAGUAAUGAUGUCAUUUGCAAGGCAGAAUGUGGCUGUGGAAUGUGACUUUGUGGCUAUGGAAACUAGACCGGAGGCGAGGGAGACUAAGGGUGCGUUCGUAAAUUCACUCUGGCUACUUCGAUUUCAGAGCACUCUCGUCUGAGUAUGCCAGAGCGCAGGAUAACCGAUGAAUUUACAAACGCGCAACACCUGUUGAAUAUGACCGGUGUCACUCAACGUUGGCAAAAAAACACCAUUAAAUUGUUGCCAGCAGCACAGUUAGUCACCAACUCUCUAGACAACAUGAAAACAGCCUAACCAGGUCUGCUAGGGCGAGUAAGAUGGUCAGAGUGAGCUGUUCUCUCAUUUGCGUCUGGAAGUAGCUAGCAAGCUAGCCAACUUUAGCCAGUUAGCUUGGGUGCUUGACUGCCGUUGUGAGGUCAGAACGCUUGGAUCAACCCUUCUCCUCGGCCAGAGCGUCCAGUGUGCGCUCUGAACGCUCAGAGAGCGAAACACUCUGAAUUUACGAACAGAUAAUCUGACAACGCUCUGAAUUUACGAACAACCCAGAGCACACUCUGACACACUGGAGGCAAUUUGAAGGGAAACUCCCUCUGUGGGCAUGGUGCACCACCACCGUGGACGUUAGAAUGGCUCCUCUGGAAGGACCUAAGCUCCACCCCUAUAACCAACCCUAACCUUAACUUCUAUGUGAUAUAAGCCACGUCCAUAGCCAUUGAUUGGAUCUGUGGUGUGCUGCAUCCUUAGCGAGGAUGUGUUCUAGCAGAGACCCAUGGCCUUCCUCUCUCUAGCGGAGUCUUGGCCCUUCAAAUCCCUAGUGAUUAGGUAGUAACGAGUACAGGAGCCUCCAUAAUGAUGACGCCAUGGGGCGAUAGGGAGCCAAGAAGCAGUUGGAAGAGAGAGGAAACUCAAGCUGGGUUUUGUAAUUUUCAGUACAGGCAAUAUUUACCAUAAAUAUAUUUUUGUCAACAUGGGGCUGGGACAUCAUCAGGGGAAUGAUGAGGACAUGACAUCCGAUGAGGAGCCUCAUCUGGUCCGCAUUUGUUCCCUCUUCUCCUAAUGGGUCCUAGUUACAGCUUUACAAGCUCUUUGGGGUCAAGAAUGUGUAGCCAGAGGCAGACAUGGGAAACUAUCAGCUGUCAGCGGUGCUGAGAGAUGAAUGCCUGGCCUGCCUCCACCACAGAGGGGUGGUUAACGUUUUUGAGGUGUGUGUGUGUUUGAAGAUGUGUGUGUCUUUACGUGCACUCAAAGUGCUGACAAGGAAAAGACCAUAGUGAUAACGAGAGCAGACUUGGUUAUUCUCAGUCCCCUUUGUCCCUCCAUGUUAAUGUACCAUGCAUGGUGGUAGAGAGAGGUAGAGUGAGGAGGGAGGAAGAGAGAGGGGGGAGGAGGAGGGAGGAGGUAGAGAGAGGAGGGUUGUGAGGGGGGAGGGAGGGAGGAAGGGAGACAAGUAGUCACCCAGAUUACUGUGGAUAGCCAAAGCUCCUUAUAAAGCCCAUUAGUCCUGUGUCUGUCUACUGGCACCUGACCCACACUGAGCCAAUCCCCUUCUGGCUCUGGCUCCCUCUGAUGCUACCAGGAGCUCCUAGUCCCCCCUUAACCUAACCCAUUGACUUUGCACUGAGCAGCUAACAGCCAUCUCCAGCUAGGUCUCAAUAUUAGGAAGGUGUUCCUAAUGUUUGGUAUACUCAGUGUAAAUGCUAAAAAAUAUAUGUUGGAGUUAUUUUCAUUAAAUAAACAGACACAGUGAUUUAUUAGACAUUCAGUGAUUUAAAAAUAACAUUACAAAGACUACUUGAGGGUUUUAAAAAUGGUGAAAAUGGCCCAUUGCAAUGUUCAUCCUCCCUACAGUGUAUUAGCUAAUCAAACAUCAAAGUAGUCAUCUAACAUGCAAAUAGAUGCCACUCCAAUCCCCUUAAGUCCUUCAAUGACAGUCAGUGUGCCAGCAGCUCCUUCGUGAAGCCACCAAUUGACACACUAAUUAACACACUAAUUUAAAAGUGACAGUCUCAGUAGGUGGUAGAGCAUGGAAAGGAGCUCCAGCUCUCAACUUCAGUGACAGUCAGUGUGCCAGCAGCUCCUUCGUGAAGCCACCCAUUGACACACUAACUAACAGUGUCUAGAAUGUUCUGGGUGUAGCUACCUUUCACUUAUCAUUGAAGACCAACUUUUUCUUACAUCCAGCUACUGCAACCGGCUCCUGGCCUGUAAUAUUCUCAGUUCCCAUUGUUUGUAUAACGACAGUGUAUAAUCACCAUACUAAGUUGAGUGUCUCUGUUUGUCAGUUGUGCUUUCCAGUGAGGAUGAGGAGGGCCAUGAUGAUGAAGAGGAGUGCCCCAGGCUGAAGACCCCACAACAGGGCCACAGCCCCAGGCAAAGCCAACCCACACCAGAGGAACAUGUACCCAAACAGGUAGGAGGGAUGCGGGGGCAUUCCAGUACUUGCAUGUGUCUCCAAUGAUCAUGGUACGUCAUUACAUGUCAUAGGCCUAUUCACUUUAAUUGCAUAGAAUUCUAAUUAUAUGGUUCUAAUUCUAUGGUUGCCUGGACAAAUAACAUAUUGUAUGGUUUUGAAAAAUAUUAGAGCAUUUGACAGACAGAGAGCAUCAAAUUAGGCAAACAAAUCAAGACAGACAUUUUUAUAUGCAGUACUCAGAGAAGCCAGUACUCAGCGACGACAGUACUCAGCGACGACAGUACUCCGAGAAGCCAGUACUCCGAGAAGCCAGUACUCCGAGAAGCCAGUACUCCGAGAAGCCAGUACUCAGAGAAGCCAGUACUCAGAGAAGCCAAUACUCAGAGAAGCCAGUACUCAGAGAAGCCAGCUGUUUACAGACUUGAAUUGAGAGGUCAGACUUGGAGAAGAUAACAUUGUAGCCUAUAUCACGACUUAGGUGAGGUUUGCCAGCUCUUGUCAGCUAACUGCCUGUUGUAACACAUGUAGAGGUUUAGCUAGCUAACAGACAGUGGGGAUUGGGAAAGUGUUAGUAAUAAAAUAAACCAUUCUGGUGCUGUGAGAUAAUUAGUAGUAGAAAGCCUCAUCUCAGUGGAUGUUUUAGUAGAAGCAGAUAACUCUGGUUAAGAUCCAACAUGUUUGUUAUUGUGUUUAGAGGUGCUGUAGAGGAAGAGAUGUAACCCCUGUUGUUGACCAUCUUGAACAGAGCUUCUCAUCUCUGUUCAAGGAUUUCUAUGUGGCUCAGUGCAGUGUCUCUUCUACCGUUACUGUAGAUGGAGGGGCCUAGCAGAAUGGCCUCCACCUUAAACUCCAUCCACCGUAACUUGUUGCACAUGAAAGACAAGACAUCACCAAUUGAAAACAUUCUAGGAAAUCGUGGUGGAUUAAAGCAUUUGCUUCCAGGAGGGUCUUUUUUUCAUGCCUGGGAAGAAAUCUAUUUAAGCAGUUGAGGUGAAUAUGAGGUGUUUUAUGCAAUGCUGUGAAUGAUUUAAACGUGUGCCGGUGCCCCUGUGUUGUGAUUGGCAGGCUGUGGUUGGAGAGAAGGUCACGGGGUCACAGAGAGUAUCGGAGCACAACCCUUGCAGCACACAGCCACUGCCUCCUAUCAUGGAACUGUCUUUCUCUACACUGCACGCUGGGGUGGUCCGAGCACAGGCCAAUGGAAACCUGGUGGUAAGACACUUGGGCUAGUGGUGUGUGUGUCUAGGUCACUCUCUCUAUCUGUCUCUAUCUUUGUGUACACGUAGGCGCGUGCUUGUGUUCCACAGUCACAAUUAGUUGUGCAUAAUACCUGUGUGUUUCAAAUGUGUCUGAGUUGAAGCCUGUAUGGAUGGAAGACACAGAAACAACCAGGUUCUUUCCUCACCGUCCUGAUUUCACAUCACUAUUUGUCCUUCUUUCUCUCUUUCUUCUCUUCUGUUGCACUGUCCUGAGCCGUACUUAUAAUGACAUGUAUCGCUCUCUCUCUCUCUCUCUCUCUCUCUCUCUCUCUCUCUUUCCAUGCCCUCUUCCACAUAGUUUCCCCCUUAAUGUGAUUGGCCCAUCACUAGUUUUUGUUCCUGGUUUAUAUUUUAAUAAAGGAUAUGUGUUUUCCAACGUCUUAAUGGGCCACUCCUCACAUAUUACACUGAUGGGACGGAUGGAGAGAGCUGGAAUAAAAUAGAAAAUCAAAUAUGUGUCACUACUUUGAACACUUCAUCUCUAAACAACCUUGACUGGACAUGCCAGUCUCUUGCUGUAACAAUAACAUGAUAAGCAACUCAAGACCAUAACUGGCAAAACAUUGGCAGUUUAUCACCAGGUGUUCUCCAAACUCCCAUCAAGUCCAUUCAAGGGCCAUAAAAUCCUAUUGUGUUUGUUUCUUCCACUUUAACAAGCAAUUAAGAAAUAGUAUGGUGCUAAUGACAGAGUACCGGGGUGAAUUAAACUGUGGUCAGUGAGUCCGGAGCAGUUACCUUGUGGUCACUAGGUUACCGUGUCAAACUGUUGUUGUUUUCCACUGUGAGAACAGCAACACAACAGGGAAGUCCACAUUGCGUAUUUUAUUGUAUUUUAUUUAUUUAGCUGCUUUUGUCAUGUCUGGAAACUUUCCUUCCGUUGUUGAUGAACGAGACAUGGUCUUUUUUUAUUGACAACCCUUUUAAACAGAAUGUAUUAUUCUGUUAUGAUUGGUAUUGUUUCCAUAGCAACCACACAAAAUAUGUCCAAUGAUGAAUACCUAUCCAAUCCUUUCAGAUCUACACAAAUGCAUCGGGUCUGGUCUAGGUGAAUAAGGGCCUAGGGGAAUAAGGGCCUAGGGGUCGGUCAGGACUGAGCGUCAGGGGUCAGGGGUCAUUCUACCCUCCUUAGGACCAGAUGCUUUAUAAUAUCCCUCCACCUGUCUUCAAUCUCUUCUCCUCCUUUACCUCUUCUCUAAUCAGCUAUUUUAUUCAUCCUCCUUUCCUCCCUUCAUCUUAUUACAUACCGUAAUGACGACAUGUCAGCAUUUUCCUCCUGCUAAUAUAUUUUCAUCUCCCUCCUCUUUUUAUAGGUAACAGAUGAUGGCAUCACUCUACCGCUGAAAGGUAAUCACUGACAGCUUGGCAUUGCGGUAGUGUGUGGGUCGUGGAGUAGGACCUAGCCUAAUGAUCAGAUGGGGGAAAGAUGGUAAAAAGGUCUCAAUAAUCCUCAGAGGGUGAAGUCACUGUGUUAGUGUGUUUUCAUCUUUACUGCAACACAUGCAGGGUCCUUCCCUUCCCCAGGGGGAUCAUAUGGGCGCCAUAGUCUCCCUGAGCCACCCACUGCCUGCCGCCCAGCCUCACACACCACCACAUAGAUGAUGCCCCCCUUCUCCUCUCCUUAGUUGGCAUCAACGUGGCACCAUGUGGCCUGGCGUCAUAGAUUGAGGCCUGGCAUCAUAGAUUGCGCCCUCAGUGUCUUUGUGAUGUGACUUGGGUCAAGGUAUUCAGAUGAGUAGGGCAGCAGGGUCAUAGCCUGAGUGCCAGUCUGUUUGUGCCAUCAUGCCAACUCCUUGGCACUCAUUGUCACACUAAACAUGUUUGGCUUGACAAUAAGCAAAUGAGUUGUCAAUGUGGGAUCAGACUAGUGAAGUCAGACUGGCAAACACACUUCUGUUCUGAAAGUGUAGUGCUGAAAUCCAUUCUCUAGGAAGGAUAGGUAGGCGGACAGUACCAUGCAGAAAAACGUUAGUUACAUGUAGAAGGAUCAGAUCAGCCUAUUCUAUAUUGAAGCAAUAAGGCCCGAGGGGGUGUGGUAUAUGGCCAAUACAGCUGUAUACCACGGCUAAGGGCUGUUCUUAAGCACGACGCAAUGCGGAGUGCCUGGAUACAUCCCUUAGCCGUGGUAUAUUGGCCAUAUACCACAAACCCCCAAGGUGCCUUAUUGCUAUUAUAUACUGGUUACCAAUGUAAUUAGAGCAGUAAAAGUCAUUGUUUUGUCAUACCCGUGGUAUACGGUCAAAUUUACCACGGCUGUCAGCCAAUCAGCAUUCAGGGCUCGACCCACCCAGUUUAUAAUAUUCAUUAUGUGUAAUGAUUUAAUUCCAGCCUGAUGUUCCGUUAGGUAACGCAUCUUUAAUCCUUUAUAUAAAUGUCAUUACGGUUGGUCUUGUUAUUGUCCCAGCCCCAUGGCUUACCCUAUUGUUUACUGUAGGUGAGCAGGUAACGACCCUGUUCAACUGUCUGUGACCAUGUGAGGGUCACACACACGUGCCCCCAUACACACACUUACACCUAAACACACACACACACACCUCUACACACUUACCUGUUUGUCUGUGGACUGGGUUAGGGUUAAGAAGCUCAGCUUAGGGUUCUAUUUACGUUUGGCGACGGUAGGCCAUACUGGUUUGCACGACCUUUUCACCCCUCUUGACUCCAGGUGCUUCUGUGUAUCUUACUAGUGUCCUAAGACGCUUAUGUUGAGCAGGAGGUGGUCAGUUAGUGAGAUCAUGGUGCUAGUAACUCCAGGGUCUUGGGUUUUGGAUUCUUAACCCCUGACAGUCAGUGUAUUAGACAGGCUUUCUGCCUUCUCCAAAACACUAUAAGACCCUUAAAUACAUUAUUUAAAUAAUCCAACAGAAAAUACUUCCCUGUCAUCAGAUAUCCAGUAUGAUCAAAACAGAAUCAUUACACCCCCCCCCCCCCCCCCCCUCUUGUCCAACAGAUUCCAGGGUGUCAUCAGAGGAGGAGGGGGGGGUGUCGGUGAGCCUGGUGGCGUCCCAGCUACGUGGGUACGCGGUGUGGGACGGAGGUCUAGCCCAAGACGGGAGUCUCUUCCAGGGCUGUCCCGGCCGAGUGGCCCCCUCCCUGCUCUUCCUCUGGGUGUCUGAGGCCCAGGCCAACCUGGUGCAGACAGAGCUCUCAGCCCUCCACCCCGUUACUCUGCCUGGUAAGACUACUGAGUCCACUGGGAGAAAUUAAUUACAAUGUUAGUCGAGACUUGAGAGUGACUGUUAACUUUAGAUGAGCUCACUUGAAAAAGAGACGUCAAUCUCAAUGUGACUUCCCUGGUUAAAUCAAGGAUAAAUGAAUCUAUAGUAAAAUGAAUAGUGGUUCAAUAAAUUUUCACCAGAUGUGAAGAAUUUGAUGCAUGGAGAAGGGAUAAAUUGGGAUUGGUGUUUCGUCCGAUCCAGAGGUGGAUUAAUUGAGUUAAAGGUUCAAUCAAGCUGUGAAGGUCAACAGGAAAACAAACUUCCCAAGGUUCUGCCUCCAAAACCUAAUGAAAGACAAAGAAGUGUAGAAGUGGAGCGUUGUCCUUAAUGUGGGCCAGUUACUGAGUAUUAGUGGGCGGAUCACAGCGCAGCACACUGCUAUGAUUCAACCACAUGAUCUAGAGGAAAGAAAGUCAUCACCUGUCAAAGUGUGGUACAGUGUGUGUCUCUGUGUGUGCGUCCGUCCGUCUGUGUUAAUGUGUGUGUGUGUGUGUGUUCCCUCCUAUUGUGGAUAUAUAGGUCAGGCCUGUCCGUUCCUCCUCCUGGUUCUAAGAGAACAGCUGGGUGAUCUGCAGGCUGCUCUGCUAGCCUCCAUGCUGGACGUAGAGGCCUUCCGUCAGGGCCGCUCCUACGACCUGAAGAGCCCCCUUUCCUGGGCAGACGGCCUGGCGCUGAUACACAGCUGUCCCCAGGACGCCCACUUCCUCACCCUGCUGGGGCAGAGCCUGGUGGCAGACCCCAACCCUGGCCUGGGGACAGCAAAGGUCAGUAUAGUCACUCAGGAGCUCAGAACUGUGUGAGUAUGUCUGUCUAUGUCUGUGUCUGUGUCUGUCUAUGUCUGUCUGGCUCAGUGUAUGUGCUUGACAGUGUGUGUAUACCUCUGUGCUCUUUCGUCCCCUGUCCCCCCCUUCUCUCCUCCCCUCUAUCCAUCCCUCUGCCUUAAGAUGCAGGCUCACCCUCAGAGGUAUAAAGUCAUAAACCUGUUAAUAAAACCUCUGUGUUAUUCAAUCCACUGUGAGUUCUGGGUGCUCAACAUAACAGCAGGUUCUAUGAAGGCCAGUUGGCGGCACUGGGUAGAAGAAGUGGCCCUUUCAGCACACACGUACACACACACACACACACACACAGUGUGAAUGGCCCCUGACUCAGGUCUGAUGAAGUGACAGUGUCCAGUGAGGGAUGGAGAUUGGAGGGAUGGAGAUUGGAGGGAUAGAGGGAUGAAGAUUAGAGGGAUGGAGAUUGGGGAUGGAGAUUGGAGGGAUGGAGGGAUGGAGAUUGUAGGGAUGGAGAUUGGAGGGAUAGAGGGAUGGAGAUUGGAGGGAUGGAGAUUGGAGGGAUGGAGAUUGGAGGAUGAGAUUAGAGGGAUGGAGAUUGGAGGGAUGGAGAUUGGAGGGAUAGAGGGAUGGAGAUUGUGGGAUGGAGAUUGGAGGGAUAGAGGGAUGGAGAUUGGAGGGAUGGGGACGGAGAUUGGAGGGAUGGAGAUUGGAGGGGGGAUGGAGGGAUGGAGAUUGGAGGGAUAGAGGGAUGGAGAUUGGAGGAUUGGAGGGAUAGAGGGAUGGAGAUUGGAGGAUGGGAUGGGGAUGGAGAUUGGAGGGAUGGAGAUUGGAGGGAUGGAGAUUGGAGGGAUAGAGGGAUGGAGAUUUGGGUGGAGAUGGAGGGAAGGAUGGAGAUUGGAGGGAUGGGAUUGAGGAAGGGGAUGGAGAUUGGGGAUGAGGAGGAGAUUGGAGGGAUGGAGAUGGAUGGGAGGAUGGAUGAGGGAUGGAGAUGGAGGGAUGGAGGGAUGGAGAUUGGAGGGAUGGAGAUUGGUGGGAUGGAGAUUGGAGGGAUGGAGAUUGGAGGGAUAGAGGGAUGGAGAUUGGAGGGAUAGAGGGAAGGAGAUUGGAGGGAUGGAGAUUGGAGGGAUAGAGGGAUGGAGAUUGGAGGGAUGGAGAUUGAGGGAUGGGGAGGAGAUGGAGGGAUGGAGAUUGGAGGGAUAGAGGGAUGGAGAUUGGUAGGGAUGGAGAUUGGAGGGAGAGGGAUGGAGAUUGGAGGGUAGAGGGAGGAAUUGGAGGGAUGAGAGAGGAUGGAGAUUGGAGGAGGAGAUGGAGGGAUAGGGGAUGGAUAGGAGGGAUGGAGAUUGGAGAGGGAUGAGGGAGGAGAUGAGGGAUGGAGAUUGGAGGGAUGGAGAUUGGAGGGAUGGAGAUUGGAGGGAUAGAUGGGGGAUAGGUGGAGAUUGGGAGGGAUGGAGAUUGGAGGGAUGGAGGGAUUGAGGGAUGGAGAUUGGAGGGAUGGAGAUUGGAGGGAUGGAGAUUGGAGGGAUGGAGAUUGGAGGGAUGGAGAUUGGAGGGAUAGAGGGAUGGAGAUGAGGGAUGGAGAUGGAGGGAUGGGGGAUGGAGAUUGGAGGGAUAGAGGGAUGGAGAUUGGAGGGAUAGAGGGAUGGAGAUUGGAGGGAUGGGAGAUUGGAGGGAUGGAGAUUGGAGAGGGAUGGAGAUUGGAGGGAUAGAGGGAUGGAGAUUGGAGGGAUAGAGGGACGGAGAUUGGAGGGAUGAGGGAGGAUUGGAGGGAUAGAGGUGGAGAUUGGAGGGAUAGAGGAGGAGAUAGAGGGGAGUAUGGAGGGUAGAGGGAUGGGGAUUGAGGGAUGGAGAUGGAGGGAUGGAGAUUGGAGGGAUAGUGAGGGAUGGAGAUUGGAGGGAUGAGUGGAGGAGAUGAGGGAUGGAGAUGGAGGGAUAGAGGAGGAUUGGAGGGAUUGAGAGGGAGGAGAUGGAGGGGAUGGGAUUAGAGGGAUGGAGAUUGGAGGGAUAGAGGGAUGGAGAUUGGAGGGAUGGGAUUGGGAGGGGAUAGAGGGAUGAGAUGGAGGAUUGAGGGAUGGAGAUUGGAGGGAUGGAGAUUGGAGGGAUGGAGAUUGGAGGGAUAGAGGGAUGGAGAUUAGAGGGAUGGAGAUUGGAGGGAUAGAGGGAUGGAGAUUGGAGGGAUGGAGAUUGGAGGGAUGGGGGGAUGGAGAUUGGAGGGGAUGGAGUUGGGGGAUGGAGAUUGGAGGGAUUAGAGGGAUGGAGAUGAGAGGGAUUGAGAUUGGAGGGAUAGAGGGAUGGAGAUUGUAGGGAUGGAGAUUGGAGGGAUGGAGAUUGGAGGGAUGGAGAUUGGAGGGAUAGAGGGAUGGAGAUUGGAGGGAUGGAGGGAAGGCUCAUUGGGCAGCGUUAGGUGGGGGUGGGAUCACUCCCAACCAGCUGCAGAAGUGAGCUUGGUCUCUAUUCCCUCACAGGUCCUAGAAGGAUGGAGGAAUUACACAGGCAGUUAGAAGGGAUCUGGGUGGGCGAAUGUGUGUGGGUGUGUGUGUGUGGCAGGGGUGAAAUGUGAUUGGCAGGGAUUAUGCUUGUGUUUGUGGCGGGGGUGAUGUGUGUGUGGUGUAUCUGGUCCAGGAAGGAACGUCAGGGUUUUUGGGGCCAGCUGGCAUAGACCAAAGUAGGCCACCUCGUUGGGGUCUUUAUGAGCUGGCUCCCUAGUCCUCAUCUGUCCAACACACACACACACACACACACACACACACACACACAGAGUGAGUGAGUGGGGUCAUCCUCUUCCUCGCUGCUCUUCGUCAUCAGAGCAGACCUUGACUUCAUCACCUCGACCGUCCUCGUUCUCAUCACCUGCCAAAACGUUGAAUUUGAUCACUUGUUCCCCUCGUCCAAAAGACAUUGGAGGAAAAUCCCCCAUGCAGUCAGAUGUAUCUGUAGAGUAAAGUGUGAGGUGUUUAAGUGGGGUGACGACUUCUGCAGGGUGAUUCUGUAAUGCCUUUCUGUUCUGUUCUUGUUCUGAUCAGGGGAGCCCCAGUCGGACCAGAGGGAACCACAGAAGCAGAGAGCGUUACUCCAGACACCAGGGCCUGCUGCCCACCAGGUGGGGGCAGUAUAUCUUUAUUGUUAUGGAUGGUUUUCAAUUUAGAAUAUACUACCUGUUAGUAUGAGUUGUUGUUGUUUGUUUACACAUGAACUAUUGGAUCUCUCCAUCAUCAGGUUGAUCCAGUACCCACCACUCCCUUCUAAAGGAGGAAUCACCGUGACAACAGAGGACCUUGACUGUCUGGACAGUGGCCAGUUCCUCAAUGAUGUCAUCAUCGACUUCUACCUCAAGUGAGUUCUAGUGAUCUGCCUGUGGACCAAUGUUUUUCUCUUAUAAUUUGAACAUCUUAGCCAGCUAGCAGACGUGUAACCAGUGAUUAUACAAGGGGUGGGUCUAAUCCCGAAUGCUGAUUGGUUAAAACCGCAACUAAGUACAAUGAAGCAAGACUAAGGGGACUUUUCUGACCAGCAUCCCAUUGACAGGCUGACUAGCCAAAACCUAAAACUGACCCUUACCGUAACUAAACCCUAACAUGAACAUAAUUUAACAUAUACGGGAAUGGAUUAUCAGUUUGCAUGUCAGCCACGUCCCUUUAGUUUAGCCCAGCCACACAGCAGGUGAAUGUACAGCAAAACCUCAACAUCUUCCUGUCCCCUCAGGUAUCUUCUCCUGGAGCGGGCCCCGGGGCCCCUGGCUGAGAGAUGUCAUGUCUUCAGCAGCUUCUUCUACAAGCAGCUGACCCGCCGGGACACGUCCCUGGAGGAGGAGGCUGCCAUCCCGUAAGGAGAUCAGCGCUCAGCGUCUUUUAACGGCUUAGUGGGCGUCUCGCCUCGCGUCACAUGGCGCCGCACAGGGGGCUCACGUUUGGCGUUAUGCUCAUGGCGGCAUGCUCUACGUGUGCUGGCGGCUUAGUCACAUGCUAACGAUAUUAAUGAUGGUGUUGACAGAGACGUUAAGGAGCAUUUGACUCUUGUUAGGAGUAUUAUUCUUUCUAAAUAUGUUGGAUAUUCUACCUGAACUCUGAUGGAAGGAGUAGUGUGCGUUGCUGUAAAGUGUUCCCCUCUCCUUCCUCUCAGGGCCAGGGACAGGAGACACCAGAGGGUGAGGACCUGGACCCGCCAUGUUGACAUCUUCAACAAGGACUACCUGUUUGUGCCUGUCAAUCACCAGUGAGUGAGAUUAAUACACACUCACUCACUUACUCUCUCUCACACACACACACACACACACACACACACCACACACAACAAUACACACACACAGCACAGACACAGACACAGCACACACACACACACACACACACACACACACACACACACACAGAAGGUAGAGCCAAGACUUAGACCCAUACCAGCACUGUUUCUGUCGAUCUCGCAAAGCGGAACAGAUUAUUUCCUGAGGAGAUGCGUGUGCCCAAUUAGCCCAUGGUGGUCCAGCACUACACUACACUACCACACUACAACACACUACACUAACACACAUAAUCACACACACGCAUACUACUACACUAUAAUACACACAAAUACACUACACGUACACAUACGACACAUAAUACACACACUAACUAUACUAACACUAUAAUACCUACACACUAUAAAACACUUACACUAUACUAUACACUAAACACUCACUAUAAUAACUCCCCCAAAAAACUAAUCAUAUAAUACACGACAACAUUAGCUAACACUAUACUACACUACACUAUACUACACUACACUAUACUACACUAUAAUACGCUAUAAUACACUACACUAUAAUACACUACAAAACACUAUACUACACUUCACUACUGUACACGUCACGACACCACACUCCCCUGAUUGGGGAAAACAGUGCUCUUUUCUUCAGCCUUCCCUCUAGCUGCCAUGGCUCUGACAAUGAGACUGGAGCGGAGACAGUGUCCAGGCAGGGCAGGGCUCCAGCAUAGUGGAGAUGAAUGGAUGUGGCCUGAGCUGUAGUGUAGUCUGUCGGUCUGUCGGUCGGUCGGUACUAGUCUCAAGGCUGCACCGGAGUUGAAACAGCCUCUGUCACGCCUGACAGAGACCGGGCCGUAUGUGCGUACCUUCAUUCAUAUGGCUGUGGGUUGAUGAAGGUCUGGAUGGAGUGCUGCACAACAUCACGUUCCCUUUUCCCUCAACUCCUCCCUUCAGUUUAGGACCAUAGUAGUAGGGUUUUAGUCUACAUACUGUACCUUCUGUCCCCAGCACAAUGAUUUAGAACCCCAGCUCAGUCAGUAGAGCAUGGCUCUUGCAAUGCCAAGGACUGUAGGUCCGAUUCCCACUGAGGCCACCCAUAGGAAAAAUGUAUGCACCCAUGACUGUAAGUCGCGUUUGGAUAUAAGUGUCUGCUAAAUGGCAUAUGUUAUUAUAUACUGCAGACCUAUUUGACAUAUCUUAAUGGGUUUUCAAUAAGCAGCGAUUGAAAAAAGCAAUAAUGACAAUAGCUCGCUGACUGAUGCGUAGCUGGAAAAUGAGCUAAGCUCCAGAUACGGAUUUCUAUUCUGACACUGUAUGUUCCAGUAUGUUCCUAUACAAGAGAAUCAGGCCAGGCUAGGAUAGGGGACACCCACCAUGUUCAGAACACAGCCAGGCCAGGCUAGGACAGGGGACACAGCCAGGCCAGGCUAGGACAGGGGACACAGCCAGGCCAGGCUAGGACAGGGGACACAGCCAGGCCAGGCUAGGGACAGGGGACACAGCCAGGCUAGGACAGGGGACACAGCCAGGCUAGGGCAGGGGACACAGCCAGGCUAGGACAGGGGACACAGCCAGGCUAGGACAGGGGACACAGCCAGGCCAGGACAGGGGACACAGCCAGGACAGGACAGGGGACACAGCCAGGCUAGGACAGGGGACACAGCCAGGCUAGGACAGGGGACACAGCCAGGCUAGGACAGGGGACACAGCCAGGCUAGGACAGGGGACACAGCCAGGCCAGGACAGGGGACACAGCCAGGCUAGGACAGGGGACACAGCCAAGCUAGGAUAGGGGACACCCACCAUGUUCAGAUCACAGCUGUAUAUCUAUAUAUCUAGAUGAGAAUGUAGAUAUGACCUAUGCAGAUCUCUGUAUCCCCAGUCCAUUACGCUUUCUCUCAUAGAAUAGGAUGGGAUGAAUUGUAGUGUCCCAGAGGAAAGAUUGUCUUAGACACACAGUACUGCUGUAUACAAAAGAAAUACUGUACAUUACACACUCUACAUAAUACAUACAUUAGACGUUACCUUAUCAUACACAUUGAACACUUCUCAUAGCCACAUACAUGAUACAUUGCAAAUUCCUUUACAUCUGAUUCACUUAUAUCUGAUUCCCUUAUAUCUGAUUCCCUUAUGUCUGAUUCCCUUAUAUCUGAUUCCCUUAUAUCUGAUUCCCCAGAGCCCACUGGUACCUGGUGGUGAUCUGUUUCCCUGGCCUGGAGCAAGCCCAGCAUGAGGAGUGGUCCGGCCCAGCCGGAGUAGAGGCCAGCGGGGGGAAGAGGAAAUGCCAGCCCCAGGCUUCAGCUGGGCCUUCUCCAGGGCCCAGCAACCCCAAACUGCAGAACGGAACAGGUGCGUUGGACAGCCCUGAUGCAUUGUGUGUAUGUGAUAUUUACCUUGGCAGAAUCUCACUUCUCUCUCCAGGGCCUUGUAACAGCGUUUGUAAUUGGCCCGGGUUGUGUUCGCACAUUUUCUUUAACCCUAAUGAUCAAAUUAACGUCGGGUUGGAUUGUUUUUAUUUUAGCUCAAUAGUGUUGGAAGAUAGCUAGGGGGCUUUUUAUGCUGCGAUGUCAGUCCCAAACUACCCGUUAAAACCCUAUGUUAGGCCUUAUGUUAUUAUAUACAGCUGCAGGUCUAGCGUGCCCUCCAUACCCAGCCAAGAAACAUAGAGAAACAGAGCAUGAACAUUUGGCCAUAACACCACAGAAGAAAAUAAAACAGUGACUAAACAUUUGCUGCUGAUUAAAAGGGGGCUGUGUGUUUGUUUGUGUUUGUGUGUGUGUGUGUGUGUGUGUGUGUGUGUGUGUGUGUGUACGUCCUUCAGGUGGAACAGGGGAAGCCAGAGGGAAACCUACAUUGAGGCCCCACAACCCACCAGUAAAUAUCAACCUCUUUUCUAAAACAAUUCCGAUUUUUUAUUUUAUUUUAUUUUUUAAUCAGAUGUUUUGAGCAUGCGUGCAACAUUCUAAAUUACAUUUUCCCUCCAAUUUUGAAGGAGUGUACCCAAGAUGGUUGUCAGAAGGAGACCAUCAUUAAGAAGUGAGUGCAUUAACUGAGUUCAUUGGCUGUACUUCCUCCAUCUAUAACAGUGUGUGUAAUAUCACUGGGUUGUUUUCUCUCUCUGUAGACACUGUAUUCUCAUCAUGGACUCCCUGAAGAUCUCUAACCAUGAGAGCAUCUAUAAGCUCUUGCAGGAGUGAGUACUGUGUGUGUGUGUGUGUGUGGUUCAUCUCUGUAUGUGUGUAUGUUUAAAUAUGUGUGUGUACACUAGUUCCAAUCUCUCCCCUGCCUGUCCUCUCCAGUUACCUGCAUGUAGAGUGGGAGGUACGUAGAGGAACACGUAGAGACUUCACUGUAGACAGUAUGAAGGCUUCCCACUGUAGAGUCCCCCUACAGGACAACAGCAGCGACUGCGGCCUCUACCUCCUGCAGUACGUGGAGAGCUUUCUGCAGGUACGGCCCUCCCCCUCCAACCUCACACACUGAACAACAAGCUGACAUCAACCAUCCAUUUCAUUGGCACUUUUCUGUCUGUCAUGGUCUUAAGACACUUGAUCUGAAAUGAUAACUGACUGUCCCAUGCAUGACAUCACGCCCUAAUCCAAACCUCUGGUUGGCUCACUGACUUUCUCCAGAACCCAGUGGUGCACUUUGACCUCCCCCUGCGCUUGGAGCGCUGGUUUCCACGGCAACAGGUGUGGAGGAAGAGGGAGGAGAUCCGGAGCCUGGUGAUGGAGCUGCACGGUCGUCAAGGCAACGGCGAGAGCAGCUCCAGGUAGCCAAGCUAGCUACCUUAGCUCCACAUACCUGACCAGCAACGCACUACAAUACCCCAAAACUGUGAAGGACUUUUAUAUUUAAAAUGUACAAUAAAUGUCAUAUUUAUACUAUUUUUGUAUUACUAUUUUUAUAAAAUGUCGCAGGAUGUUUGUUUCUCACCUGGUAUGUAAUGCGAAUAUUCAAAAUAAUAGGAUCUUAAAAUUGAAUAAAAUUGUUCAUUUGUAAUGUUUCGUUUUUUAUUGGCUUAUAGAAGAGAGCAUUUGGAAAUUACGUUAUUACACAUGGAUAUGAGUGAGCACUAAAAUCUAGUUUGCUGAGCAAAGACGUAACUCAUGUACCCAUAACAGGUUUAUUUUUCUUUUUCAAAUGUGCUUAUGACUCACACAUAAAACCACUAUAAAUAUUAAAGUCAAUAUUACUCAGUUAUUCCUGUUCAGUGUGUCAGGCUGUUGUUUUUGACCAUCAAUCAUACAGGACUCCAUAUGCACCUGAUUGUUUGCAGCUGCUAAACAAUAGUGGUGUCACUACAGACAAGUCAAAAUGUUGGCAAUGUUUUAGUUUUGGCUCCACAUGUAGCUGUUUAGUUCGUAAGAAAACCCCAAUGUUCCUGUGGGGAACACUGUGUAAGCUUACACAAUGACUGUUUGUAAUAUGAUAAUUAGAACACCACCUCUCCCCUGUUCUGUUUACAGGCAGACUUGAACUAAAUUCCCCUCAAUGAUUGUGCUGUAUGAGAGUCUAGGGACCUGACUCACUCUGUCAUGAGAAACAGAAAUACCAUUCUACCUACACAGUAGGAAAAAAUAUGUUUGGUUUGAUUUCCAUUUGUGUUUCUGUUUUGUUUUCACGGUAUAAACAUUGAUUUGUUAAUGGCAUGUUUAUAAUGAUGUAUUUAUAAUGUGGUAUACUCCUGGAUUAGAGAAUGCCCCAAAGUCUACCUAGCAACGGCUGGACAGAACUCUCUUCUGUCACCAUCACAAUAUUUUAGAGCGAGAAUUCCAGAUAUUAACUUAGUUGUUAUUGUGUGUUUUUCACAUGGGCACAGUUAAUAGGUUUCUCAGUUUGCUUCGUUAACACUGUAAGUCUGAUAGGAUAUGCGCUUAAGCAUAUGUACUUAAUUGGGAUAAUCGGAGUCUUUGGUGCAGCCCCUCAUGGUAAUACCCACAGCAUGUGGGCCCCAGACAGAGACCUCUUAGACAGGACAGAGCCCCCCUCCUCCGCUCCCACUGCUGUUGGAAGGGUAAAGGUCAUCCCCCACACCUCCCAAAUGAGUUGGGCCUACCCCUUUCCUAUCCACCCCAUCCACAUCUCUACCCCAUUGAUUUAGCCACUGUCAGAAAAUGGCCCCACUACUACAGUAUAAAAACUUGAGUCUGUAUCAAGUCUUCCAUAUUGUUGUCCUAAUACUAUAAUUAUGUUGGCUUUAAUUCUGUCUUAUAGUUCAGUUAAAGCCGUAUAGUCAAAUACAGUAGCCGGUUUGAAGGUUUAAAUUGUGCUGUUAAGGUUGACUGGUUCACUAUGGAUGCAAUAUGGGGCUGGGUUCAAGGGUUCCAUUGAAUGAACCAAGGAAAUCCAUACUGCUUAACUGGUCUUAAGCCUUCCAGCCUACAACUACUUAUGCAUUGUUUUAGCGUCUGGAGAUCAGGACUGAAGUCUAUGUCCUUCCAAUAGAGAGGUCCAGAUAGUCAACAGGUAGUCUGGAGAUGUGUUUAUAGAGAACUGUGUUAAAGCAGUUUGAAGUUAGUUUUGUUUUUAUUUACAGGUAGUUUAACUCAAUUUAAAUCGGCUAACAUCAAAUCUACUUUGUAAUGACAAUAAAGAAACUCCACCAUCAAGUGACUUUCACUCAGUCUUCAUUGUGAACAAUAAAUGUGAACUGGCAUGUUUAGAUGAAAACACAAUGACAUGUUGGACAAAAUAACCAUGUUUCUUGUUACCUUUUAGUUAUUUUUAUGUAGAGUGUGUAAGUCAGCAGGUGGCCAAGGUCAAAGGUUAUUAGGUCACUGUAGAAGACGUUUAACCACAGAUAUCUCUGAAAGGGGGGGGUGUCUGCUGUUGUUAUUUUCCCAGAGGUCAGGGCGUCGGGGGGGAGGGACCAUGUGAGGUGAACAGCCGGGAACCUACCAACCAUGUCAACAAAGACGGGAACCACAGAACACCGACCAUAUGGGACCUCUGA